AUGAAUGAAAGCUGUGUGCAAGAUGGACUGGCUGCUGACUUCAGAGCAUUAACAAAGACUCUCUAUGAUUUGAAUAAAGCUCUGGGAAGUAAUAUAGUUCGUGGGGGUCCUCUAAAAGAACUGGUGAUAGAAAAUUUUGAUGAAGAACAGAUUUGGCAACAGCUAGAGCUCCAGAACAAUGCAGUUCUCGAUUUCUUCAAGAAAUCCAUUGCAAGGGAUGCCAAGGAUGAAGAUCUUUGCCUUCUCUCAGACCAGGAAGAGGAUGGCUCUGAUGCAGAGACCAGCAGCAGCAAGGAAUUGGAAGACAACAUAAUGGAAGCAGAAACUGAACAGAAGAAUGUUUAUACAAAAGAUAAAGCUAAAGAAAAGCAAAGUAAACUCAGAGAAAGCGUAAUGCAGAAAUACAGUGAUGAGGAUUCUGAUGUUGACUUUGAUAUUGAAGCACUGGAGCAACAAACUAAAACAGCCAAGGAAACCACAUUGAAAAAAAUGGGAAGAAAAUCUAUAGUGGAUGACAAGUUUUUCAAAUUGGCUGAGAUGGAAGCUUUUUUAGAACAUGCAGAGAAGGAAAACAGGGAGGAAGAAGAAGAUAUUAAUUAUUUUGAAGACAUCAUCUCUGAUGAUGAGGAAGAAGAGUCUGAAGAAGCUGAAGUCAAACCAAUUAAAAGUUCUAGAGACUUGACAUACAAAGAUUUCUUUGAUCCAGUUGAUGACAAUGAUGAUUUAGUAGCUAAUGAUGUUGAAGAUGAUCAGGAAGAGGAAGCAGACAGUGCUAUCGAAGAAGAGAAUGAAGAAAGCUUGUCUGAGGUCGAGGAUAUGAAUGAAAUGAUGAUGGAGAAUAUAAGAAGUACAGAAGCCUCUAAAAAAGUUACUUUUAGUUUGCCAGAUGACAGUGAGACAGAAGAUGAUACUGAUAUGCAAUUAGAGAAAGGCAUCGAUCCCAGUGAAAUAAAGUCUUCUUUUGAGAAGAGACAGGAAAAGAUGAGAAAAAAAAUAGAAAGUUUAGAAGAAGAGUUGUUAGAGGAGAAACCUUGGCAGCUUAAAGGAGAAGUAACUGGACAAAAACGACCUGAAAAUAGCCUUUUGGAGGAAACCGUGCUUUUUGACCAUGCAGUCCGAAUGGCACCUGUGAUCACAGAAGAAACUACUUUUCAGCUUGAAGAUAUCAUUAAACAGAGAAUAUUGGAUGAGGCAUGGGAUGAUGUAGUACCAAAAGAAAAACCAAAAGAGGAGGCUUUUGAAUACAAGAAACGUAUCGCUUUGGAUCAUGAGAAGAGUAAACUGAGUCUCGCUGAGAUCUAUGAGCAGGAAUACAUGAAACUUCACCAGCAGAAGACUGAAGAGGAAGAAAAUCCUGAACACAAAGAAAUUCAGGAAAUGAUGGAUUCACUCUUCCUGAAGCUGGAUGCGCUUUCUAACUUCCACUUCACACCCAAACCACCUGUGCCAGAAGUUAAAAUAGUUUCAAACCUUCCAGCUAUAAGUAUGGAAGAAGUAGCACCUGUUGCUGUUAGUGAUGCUGCUCUCUUAGCACCAGAGGAGAUCAAGGAAAAGAACAAAGCUGGUGAUGUAAAAACAGAUGCAGAAAAGACUGCCACAGACAAAAAACGAGAACGAAGAAAGAAAAAGCUUCGUAAACGUAUGAAGCUAAGAGAAAAGGAGAAGCGUCAGAAGCUUCUUGAAAAGAUGAAACCAGAACAAGGCACAAAACUUAGCAAAAAAGCUGCUGCAGCAAAACUGAAAAAGCUUACAAAAGAAGGCAAAGCAUCUCUGCUCAAGGAUGAAGGUAAAGACAAGGUCUUGAAAUCAUCCCAGGCCUUCUUUUCUCAACUACAAGAUCAAGUGAAAAUGCAAAUCAAAGAUGCAAACAAAUCAGAGAAGAAAGAGAAAAAGCAGAAAGCACUCUCUGUUCAUAAACUGAAAUUGUAAUUCACCUUUUUAUGUUGCAUCUUGUAUAUAUUAAAAUAUUUCUACGUGAAUGCUGAAUUUGA